AUUUUUUUUAAAAAUACCCUAAUUUCAAGAAUACACUGGAUAUAAAACCAAGAGGAAAUCAUGAAGUAACAUUUUAAUUAUUGAAACUGCAGUUGAAAUCAUGGCUACAUCAACAAAUCUGGAUCUUGGUGCCCAGCUGAUCGUUGAAGAACGUCCCAGCGGUUACAGUCUACCUGGCAUGCCCGACAUUAAAAUAGAACAUCCCCUGGAUGCAGCCUCUGAAGAAGGGUCAGCUCAGGGGGUCGCCAUGGGCAUGAAGUUCAUAUUGCCUAACCGAUUUGAUAUGAAUGUGUGUUCUCGAUUUGUGAAGUCCUUGAAUGAAGAGGAUAGUAAAAAUAUCCAAGAUCAAGUUAACUCUGACCUGGAGGUGGCAUCUGUCUUAUUUAAAGCUGAAUGCAACAUCCAUACAUCUCCUUCUCCGGGAAUUCAAGUAAGGCAUGUCUACACUCCAUCUACAACGAAGCACUUCUCACCUAUAAAACAGUCAACUACUUUAACCAACAAACAUAGAGGAAAUGAGAUCUCAACCACACCUCUGUUAGCAAAUUCCUUGUCUGUUCACCAAUUGGCUGCUCAGGGGGAGAUGCUCUAUCUCGCUACCCGUAUUGAACAAGAAAAUGUUAUCAAUCACACGGAUGAAGAAGGAUUUACUCCUCUGAUGUGGGCUGCGGCACACGGGCAGAUAGCUGUUGUAGAGUUUCUACUUCAGAAUGGUGCUGAUCCCCAGCUCCUAGGAAAAGGUCGAGAAAGUGCACUAUCAUUGGCCUGUAGCAAAGGCUACACAGAUAUUGUGAAAAUGCUGCUUGAUUGUGGAGUUGAUGUAAAUGAAUAUGAUUGGAAUGGAGGGACGCCUUUGCUUUAUGCUGUACAUGGAAAUCAUGUGAAAUGUGUAAAAAUGCUCUUAGAAAAUGGAGCUGACCCAACAGUUGAAACUGACUCUGGAUAUAAUUCUAUGGAUUUAGCUGUAGCCCUGGGCUAUAGAAGUGUUCAACAGGUUAUUGAGGCACAUUUGUUGAAACUGCUUCAAAAUAUCAAGGAGUAGACCUAAUCAUCAGAAAAUGUUGUCUGCCCUUUUGUUUACUUUUUGGCUCUUAUAAAUGAUAGUUUUGUUUACUUAAAAAUUUUACCUCAAUUGCAAUAUUUACUGAUUUUUUUAAUAAGUUUUAAUAACUAGUCCCCUGAGUAUUUCACUGGUUUUUAAUAGAGUUAAUAUUGAAGCUUUUUUUAAAUAAAUAUGUUUUACUGCAUAUUUUAAAUUAUAAAUUAAUGUUUUGUGGCAUGUAAAUUUUUAUGGUACAGUUACCAGUCUUUGUAUCAAGUGCUAUAAUUUGAUAUUUUUAGAAAUUAUUUUAUUUACUCUAUUCAUCUUUACUCUUGUAUUAACUCAUUGUCUUUAUAUAGUUUGCUAUAAAUCCAUAGGAAACAAAUUUUGUUAUUGUUGAAGUUAAAAACGCACAGUGUGAUUGUUUACAAAAUGCUGUUAUAAAUAAAAACUUUUUUCUGU